ACUGAUUUGUCUACGACAGCUGGAUCUACAACAAUUGAAUCUACAACAGUUGACUCUACAAAAAUUGAAUCUACAACAGUGGCCUCUACAACAGUUGAAUCUACUGCAGAUGACUCUACAAUACAAGAUUCAACAACAGGAGAAUUCACAAUCGGUGAUAAAGUAUCGGCUUCAACAAUGACAGAAGUAACAGGUACUAAAGGGUCAACAACAAUUGAGUCUACAACUGAUCUGCCUACGAGAGCUGGAUAUACAACAAUUGAAUCAACAACAGUUGACUCUAUAAUAGGGGAUUCAACAACAGGAGAAUCCACAACCGGUGAGACAGUAUCAGCUACAGCAUUAACAGAAGUAACAGCAACAGACGAAUCAACGGGAAUUGAGUCCACAGCAGAUUUGUCUACGACAGCUCGAUCAACAACAAUUGAGUCUACAACUGAUUUGUCUACGACAGCUGGAUCUACAACAAUUGAAUCUACAACAGUUGACUCUACAACAACUGAAUCUACAACAGUGGACUCUACAACAAUUGAAUCUACUGAAGAUGAAUCUACAAUACAAGAUUCAACAACAGGAGAAUUCACAAUCGGUGAGACAGUAUCGGCUACAACAAUUACAGAAGUAACAGGUACUGAAGGGUCAACAACAAUUGUGUCUACAACUGAUGGGAUUACGACAGCUGGAUCUACAACAAUUGAAUCUACAACAGUUGACUUUACAACA